AUGAAUCCCCCCGUCUUCUCCCGUUUCAACCACGAUCCCCGCUACCCUCCGCUGGAAUCUUCACGGGCCGGCGCCCUAUCCCGCAAACAGUUCACGUUCCCCCAUCGGACGGGCAUCACCGCGAUCAAGAAGGGCAUGAUGGGGAUCUUCGACAAGGAGACGGGCGAGCGCAUCCCUUGCACGGUGCUGCAGAUGGAUCGGUUGCAGGUGGUGGGUCACAAGACGAAGAAGGCGAAUGGGUACUACGCCGUGCAGGUUGGGAGUGGGUCGAAAAACCCGAUGAAGACGACGCGGGCGGAGCUGGGUCACUUUCAUAAGAAUGAAGUCCCUCCGAAGGCCGACAUUACGGAGUUCCGGGUGAAGGGCAAGGACGGGCUGGUGCCAAUCGGGACAUGCAUCAGGGCGGAUUGGCUGAUUGUAGGUCAAUUCGUGGACGUGAAGGCGACUUCAAAGGGGAAGGGAUUCGCAGGUGGUAUGAAAAGACACGGCUGGAAAGGUCAACCGGCUUCGCAUGGUAAUUCGUUGGCACACAGAGCCAUGGGUUCGUCCGGUGCGGGUCAAGGUGGUGGUUCAAGAGUCAUUCCUGGGAAGAAGAUGCCUGGUAGAAUGGGUGGCCAUUCAGUCACGGUUUGUAGCUUGAAGGUAGUACAGGUUGACGCGGAGAACGAUCUCAUUUUGGUCAAAGGAGCUGUACCAGGGCCAAGGAAAGGGAUGAUCAAGAUCAAAGAUGCCCUUCGCAAAGCUUGGCCAGACGUCCCGUCGAUCCCAGCUCAUCUACUUGCCCAGAAAGCAGCCACAUCUGACGCGGCGGCGGAAGUCUCUGAUGUAGCCGUGGAGGCGGAAUCUGUAUCAUAA